AUGAAGAAUAAGAUCCAGUUCCUUCAUCUCUUUCUUCUCAUUGCCUUGUUUCUUGGCACAGUAGUGUGCCUCUCUGCUGCUAAGCAAACCCCAACCAUCUCCAGCUAUGGAGGCCUCAGUGAUGCUGAGGCUAUGUUCAUCAAGAAGCGGCAGCUUCUUUACUACAAAGAUGAGUUUGGUGACCGAGGAGAGAGAGUCACAGUAGACCCAACUCUAGUUUUCGAGAAUCCAAGACUUAGAAAUGCUUACAUAGCAUUACAAGCUUGGAAACAAGCCAUUUUCUCAGACCCUCUAAAUCUAACAGCCAACUGGGUUGGAUCUCAAGUCUGCAACUAUGAGGGGGUUUUCUGUGCUCCAGCUCCAGACAACAAAACAAUCCGUACAGUCGCCGGCAUUGAUCUCAACCACGGUGACAUCGCCGGCUACUUGCCAGAGGAGCUUGGCUUGCUGGUGGAUCUUGCAUUGUUUCACAUCAAUUCCAACAGGUUUUGUGGGACUAUACCCCACAAGUUCAAGAACUUGAGGCUACUGUUUGAACUGGAUCUUAGCAACAACAGGUUUGCUGGGAAAUUUCCACAAGUUGUGCUCAAGCUACCUUCAGUCAAAUUCUUGGAUCUGAGAUUCAACGAAUUUGAGGGUAGUGUACCAAAAGAGCUAUUUGACAAGGACUUGGAUGCAAUCUUUAUCAAUCACAACAGGUUCGUUUUCGAUCUGCCUGAAAACUUUGGCAACUCCCCAGUAUCAGUCAUCGUUUUGGCGAACAACAAGUUCCAUGGAUGUGUGCCGUCGAGCUUAGGUAACAUGUCAAAUCUCAAUGAAAUCAUCCUCAUGAACAAUGGGUUUAGAUCUUGCUUGCCUGUAGAGGUAGGUUUGCUUAAAAACCUGACAGUGCUGGAUGUUAGCUUCAAUCAAUUAAUGGGUCCAUUACCAGACACAAUCGGCGGGAUGGUAAGUCUCGAACAGCUCAAUGUAGCUCACAACAUGUUCUCUGGGAAGAUUCCAGCAAGUAUUUGUCAGUUGCCGAAUUUGGAGAACUUCACCUUCUCUUAUAACUUCUUCACUGGGGAGCCACCAGUGUGCUUGAGGCUGCCGGAUUUCAGUGACAGGAGGAAUUGUUUGCCAGGAAGACCAGUUCAGAGAUCUGCAGCACAAUGUAAGGCAUUUUUGUCUAGGCCUGUUGAUUGUAGCUCGUUUAGAUGUGCUCCUUUUGUUCCAUCUUUGCCUGCUCCUCCUCCACCUUCACCCCCAGUGCCAGUAUUUUCACCUCCACCACCGGUUGUUUUUCCGCAGUCACCACCACCUCCUCCACCACCAGUUUACUCACCACCACCUCCACCACCUUCACCCUCACCACCUCCUCUUUCACCACCACCCCCAGUAUAUUCACCCCCACCACCAGUGUACUCUCCACCUCCGCCUCCUCCAUCGCCCCCGCCACCUUCUCCACCUCCACCACCACCACCAGUGUAUUCACCACCACCGCCUCCUCCAUCACCUCCCCCACCCUCACCACCACCACCACCACCACCAUCUUUAUCUCCUCCUCCACCGUCACCCCCACCACCUUCACCUCCUCCACCAUCACCACCACCGCCCUCUCCAUUACCUCCAUGUAUACGCCCCCCACCACCGCCUCCACCUCCAUUAUUCUCUCCACCACCACCUGCUCCUUACUAUUACAACUCCCCACCACCCCCAUCACCGCCACACUCACCACCUCCACCUCCACACUCGCCUCCACCACCUAUUUAUCCUUACUUGUCACCUCCACCACCACCUCCUGUCAAUUCUCCACCUCCCCCAGUUUUUUCACCACCACCCCCAUCACCCCAACCUUGUAUAGAACCACCUCCACCUCCCCCACCACCAUGUGUGGAGUAUUCACCACCUCCACCUCCACCUUCUCCAUCACCGCCUCCACCAGUACAUUACAAGCCACCACCAUCACCAUCACCUCCACCACCACCAGUGAUGUACGCAUCACCUCCACCACCUCCAAUGCAAUACCAUUCACCUCCCCCACCUCCAGUUCACUACCACUCACCUCCUCCAACAUCACCACCACCACCUCCAGUUUACUACCAUUCUCCUCCACCACCAUCACCUCCACCGCCAAUUCCAUGCGAAAACCCUCCCCCACCUUCACCGCUAUCUCCACCACCACCUCCACCGAUUAUAUAUGGAAGUCCGCCACCUCCGACUCCGGUGUAUGGGGGGCCAUUACCACCAGUCACAGGGGUAUCUUACGCUUCACCUCCACCACCACCCUUCUAUUGA